AUGUCUGAUGCACCCGCUACUUCGAGAUGCCUUGGAACGACGACCGGCAGUAAGCGCAAGGCCGAGAGGCUGCCAUCAUGCAACCACUGUGGUGCCACGUUGAAUGAGCGGGAGCAAGAGUUUGGCGAGUGCGAGAGGCACACAGGUCAAUUGGCCCUCGGGUUCCCUUCAAACCUCGACUUGCCCGAGGACAUACCCCAGGACGACAAGAGGUUACGCUUCCAGUGCUGCGGCAGACUUUCCAGCGAACCAGGGUGCGAGAAGGGGCCUCACCAGAAGCAGAAGAAGAAGAGGUCCGAGGAUGAGGAAGAGCACAAGAAGAGACUCGUUCUUGAAACAAAAUAUCACUGUGAACGCAACGCGUCCGGAGAGCGAGUGAAGGUCUGGCGCGUACAGAAGGAGUCCAUGGAGGCAAAGGCCGUGUUUGAGGCUGAGGAAAAGGCUAUGAGGGAAAGAGAGUAUGAAGAGGUGUUCGCAAAGCUGCCUCCGACGGACUUCGACGCGGAGGGGCAAUGGAGGCGUCUUACGUCCGGGAAGUGGGAAAAGGUUGAGGAUGAAGAGAAGCAAGAGCCGGAGUGGAAGCGUAUUGUGCGCUUGUGGAGGGAGAGGAACGCCGCUGGAGAGACGACUUCCGGUCAGAUCGUGGCCACGCCCUAG